GUAACCUAGAGAACCCAGAGGACCUGGACAGACGUCGAGUUGUCAGACGCAAAGAAGUCAUGCUACCGUUCGAGCUUAAGAAGAGUGCCAAAACACAUGAAGCGCAGGAAAAAUCAGGUUACAACAAACUACAAUGGGAUAGGUUCUACAACAUAACCAAGGCUGAGAUCAAUGCGCUGGUAGAAGCCAACCCAGGCGUCAACUGGCCCUCGGUGCCAGGCGAUGUUUUGGCUAAGAUCUACGAUCGGGUCAAUGCGCAAUUGCAAGCCGAGAACAUCCCCAAGGUCGAAUAUGACGUUUUUAGUUGGCGCAUGGCGCGCGCAAUCGGGUAUCGAACAGGUACCAAUGGAAAAUGUGGGGCAAAGGCUAAUGGGAUGGCUGCUGAGACGGCAGCCGCCGGCCACAACAUGGAUGCUGAGCAGCAGUGAGACGCAUUGAGACAUCAGUGGGUGCGGGUGGGCUAGUUGCAUCCCUCGCCAUCGCAAGGAUGUCAAUAUUUAAGUAGGAUCUGGUGCAUGUUGAGCCCCACUAUUGAUUCCGUUCACAAGCUAGCACAAAGCCCCCCGGAUUAACGAACGAUUCUUUCUAUUCC